GUCGAGGGGAGUCGAGCGGAGUCGAGUCGAGUCGAGUCGAGUCGCAAGUCACCUCCGCUCACCUCACGGCGUGCUCGACUUCAGUCCGCGCUCGAGUCGUGCACCACGGAACACGCGAGAGUCAGCCGGGGCCGGCUGCCGCGACCGAGUUGGACGCACGCGCCCGAGCCAUCGAUAGAGAUCAACGAUAGACAGGACCGCACGUUUCGACCUGGAUCACGUUGUCCGUAGAUCGAUCGUGAAAUUAGAACGGUUAGGAAACUUCAAUAGGAAACUUUAAUUACAUCGGGGUACGCGCUAGAUAGAUCCAAAGGGACAAAAUAGACAAGUUUUUCGUCGAGUUCCGUCAGGAUUCUCUAUGGAGGUACUGGAGGCGGGAGUGGUGGCGUGAAUCUCGUGACAACCGGCUAAAUCGACGCACAACGCGCUCGAAAUCACUAACGCCGUUGUAUUAUGUCACACUCCCACGCGAGCGACGGCCGCCGCUGCCGGUGCAACGGUGAACCGAGCCAACGUCGUCGUCGUUUGACAUUUCCACGAGCGUGGAGAGGUUAACGCGAACCCGGGUGUUCGUGGCACCGUCCAUACCGCUAUUUUGUGCACGCAUCGAGCCAGUGUUAUGCUACGUCGCGAUCAUAUCGUCAUCUUUGUCAUCGUCGUCGUCGUCAUUGUCGUCAUCGUGACCAUGGUCGACGGGUGACAAACCAGCCUCGAACUCGUGAUACAGGAGCGUGCAAUUCGAUGAGAAGAUUCUCGUAUCAUCGGAUCUCAGUGACUUCUCUGGUGACUUAUUGCUUGCGAAUAGAAGAACGUCCUGGUGUUUCGUUUACGCCACCGUGUACGUGAGUAAAUACGUACGAGCGCGUGACACGCGUGGCUGUCGAUCCUAAGUACUCACCGAUCGCUUCGUGAAGUCGUGAAAGAGAUCGUCGAUGUUGGACACGGUAGCCAGGAGAUAAGACUUUGUUGGUGUUCCUUUCGAACCAAGACAGUGGAGUUCUUCUGGAGGCACCGGUGCGAAAUUUGAAGAUUCUAACGUAAAUCGACGAGGUUAAACAACGUAUAUCAUACAGGGAGCAUCGAGGAAACUAUAAGCAGCAUCCUGUACCAGAAGAAAGAGCGCGGAAGAUCGUCGUUUUGGAUCUUUCUUUGUCGUCGAAGAUCGUGAUUCGAGUGCAAUGUUUAAAGUCUCGAGACGGGAAACGGACGAUAAUUACGCGAGUGCGACUAACGUUGUUCAGAUUCGCUUGUAAUCGACGAGACGAGGAAGUGAAUCGAGUAUAUAUACGGUAUUCAAGUAAGAAACGGAGGACCAAAAAGAGGACAGUGUCAUAACGCGUGUGAAAUGGAUGGUACGCCAAAGAAAAUCGAAGCAGUGUUAAUAUAUGGAUGCCCAUGGGUGGAAUUUGGCCGAAAUGUGCCAGCGCUACCAUCACGCUGUACCAGCAGCCCAAAAUUCUUCGCCAGCUAGGGAUCCCUCAGCUGCCAUCGUGCAAGGCUUGUCAACGGCUACGCACAUCGAGCAGGCCAGCCCUUCUUAUUCCCAUUACACGAUGCUGGAUAAUUAUGACAGGGGUGAGGUGACACCACCACCGGUCAGCAGUUAUGGCGGAUCCCCUGGACUCUUGGCACUUCAUUCCUCGCUUUAUGCGACUCCUACGUCGAGGGCCUACGACAUCGAGUCGAACAUCGACGGCAACGACAGUUCCAUGCCCAUUGACACCCAAAUCAUUUCGAUACCAGGAAUGUUGAGCGGUCCAGUGCAACAGCGACUGGAGGACAUGUCCUGGCUAGCUUCCGGUCCGUCGCUGGAGUAUCAACAAGGCAUCUCGCCGAUUCCCGCGGGAGUGAAGAUGUGCCAUCCAGGCAGCACGGCCCAGAGGAGCCUGAAGGAGCAACGGAUACGUCGCCCGAUGAACGCGUUCAUGGUCUGGGCAAAGGUCGAGCGCAAGAAAUUGGCCGACGAGAAUCCUGAUCUCCACAACGCCGAUCUCAGCAAGAUGCUCGGGAAGAAAUGGCGAGGGUUGACCCCGCAGGACAGAAGGCCGUACGUGGAGGAAGCCGAGAGACUGAGGGUCAUACACAUGCAGGAACAUCCGAACUACAAGUACAGGCCACGGCGUAGGAAACACGCGAAACGGGCCCCAGGGGCGCCGUCCUCUCCUCCGUCCGCGACCAACACCACGGUCAAUAGGUCCAACCCCUCUGGUACCACGAUUCAUCAUUCCAUGUCCAAGAUGGACAGUUAUCAAGGCAUUCCUCAGAUCCCAUGGGGCGGACAUUCCCCGAUCUCAUCCCUGUAUCACCAGCAGCAGCAGCAAGGUAUUCAGGAGUACAAAUCGGAGAGCAAUUCCUUGUACGGUAGUCCUUAUACGCCUAUCAUUCACACACCGGACAUAUCUCCAGUUGCCAGUCCCGAGCCAGAUGGUGACGGAACGCAUUUGCCAUCCAAUCAAAAUCCAGAUCCUGAACGUGAUCUGAUGGAGGGUUCGUCGAAGCAGCACGGCGAAAUGAGCGAGCAAACGAAACGGUACACUUUCAUGAGUACCGAUAAUCAGCUGCACACGGGUCAUGCUGGUGGUACUAGCAUAUCGUCGUGUCAGAAUUCUGGUGCUUACACAGAUACUCUGACUUACAAAAAAUCGGUGAGUUACUUAAAUUUCGAGAGACAGCCGUCGAGCAUAGCCGCGGUUGGUAUAGCGAACGGGAUGAUGGUAUCGUGCAAUAAAUUGCGCUCUGGAUUUGAAAAUGUUGGCUCUGUGACGGGGACUUUUUAUCCGCCAGUCGCAUCCCCGCACGAUCAAUCGUUACAGCACUACACGAACACCCAAUCCUCGAAGACUGCCAACUAUUCGAUGCAGUCCACUGUCGAGAGCAACUAUAAUCCUGUUCAGUGUGCCAAUCGACAACAGUCCAUGGGGAUUCGCGGAGCCGCUGAAGGUUGUUCCGGUGUAUCCCACCGGUACCAAAUGAGUCAUCACCAGGAGUACCAAACGGAGGGAACCAGCGCUGGCCAACAGCAUCCGAUUCUGGGUCACAUGGAGGCAGCGAUGGCCACCACCGCCGAAGAAGAACAGCAACAGACGUUACAAUUGGAGAAGUAUUUCAAAUACUCGCAUCCGACCAACGUGGCGCAUACCAGCCUCACCUCUCAGAAUCUCCUUGACAGCAAUCACAAUUACGCCAGUGAUCUUCGUUACUACACGCACCAGCAGACGCAACUAGAUAUGUCGAACUCUCAGUGCAUCGUCGACGAUCAAGCCAAGGAUGCUCGAUGCUCGAACGUGGCCAUAGGCCACGCGAUGGAACAGUACCAUCAGGCCAUGGAUGUGGCCAAGUAUCCGGAACACCAACAGCAACAACAGCAGCAGCAACAACAGCAACAAUCGCAACAGGCUCAACAGGGUCAGCAAUCGCAGAGUAUCGAGCAUGUUUCCAAGGCGGACGACGAUUUCAGUGUAAUACUUGCCGACGUGCGCAAGACUUGUUACAGUAGCUAGUGUUUCAGCUAGAUCAGAGCUGUCUGUAGGAGAACACUGAGAAACUUGAUGUUCCUUGUUUCGGCAUUGAUUUCGUGCGGUAGGGUGUUGUAGGACUAAUCUUUAAUGUAAAGAAAUCGAAUUGUUUGGUUGUUAGUAUAGUAAGCAUUGCAAGCAUUGAUUACUCAAGGCUGAUGAACCUUAAUACUUAACUGGAGGUGUAAAGAUGUAUUAAUCUUUUGUCGUCAAAUAUUGUCGCGGUGGGUACAUUUAAAAUUUAUCUUCAAAGUCGCGUGGCUCCACUGCGAUUGCAUUUAAAAUUUGUCUUCAAAACCCGAUUGCUCCGCUAUGAUAAUGGUAAAUAUUUAUUGCUCCGAUUAGUUGGUAACGUUCCAGAAAAAUGUGAAGAACGCAAAGGAUUAACAUGCGGCUGACGCUACGUUGGCGCCACAGCAUCAACGAAACAGAAAAUUUCAGUCACAUUGAGCGACCACCACUUCGCUGGUACAGACAAUAUGUGAAACACAUUUAUAUGUAAUACAUAAUGUAGUAAAUAUCUAAAUGCAACUAUAGAGGUAAGAGAAAUGUGAUUUGUUUAAAGAAAAAAGGAAUAUCCUUGAGUACUUAAUAUUUGUUGUUUCUACUAUAGUGAAAGAGAUCCCUCCCAUAGACAGCUCUGUCCUAGAUAAUAUUUUGGUAUGGGCAAUCUAGCCCUUAUGGCUGCAGAGAAGAGUUAGGUGCUAACGUUUUUAAAGAAUCCGGUGCUUAUACACAUUUCUGUACACAUUUCCGGUGUUAAUGCUCCUGAUUAGGAGGUGUGGUUGCAAGAUGACAAAGAAUUGAUGAUAGAUUAUUGUUUCUUGUUGUUUAAAAUAGCUAUUUUAUAUAGCUAUUUUAUUUACUUUUUUUAGCUUUUUGCACUCGAAUGAAUAAUAGCAAACAUCAUGCAAAAUAGGUAUACUAACAUAUAUGUGCAUGUUUAAUUUCCCUUUAAUUCAAGGGUGAUUUCAGAAAAUACAAUAAAUUAUUGCGAGAUAAUAUCCCCAAAUAUAUUUUAUAUAUAAAAUAAUUUAUAAUAAUAUAUAUAAUAAUUAUAUAAUAAUUUUUAUAUAUAUUAUAUAUAUAUAUUUUUAUAUAUUUUAUAUAUAAAUUUGUUAUAUAUAUUAUAUAUAAAAAUUAUUAUGUAAUUCACAUUGGACAUGGAAUUGACAUUCCUAAUUAAACAAGAACUGGAACUAUCAUCAAGUGCAAAAAGUUAAUCUCGUCGAAAGAAAUUCAGGAUGGCAUACUUUUCGCGUUAUCUUCUUUGAAAAGAAAGUGAAACGAACAUAGAGCGUGAUAAUUUAGCAGGUCCCCGGUAGAAACAAUUGUGCGAAUCAUUUAACAGUUAUUUGUUACAGACAAUUCUCGAUAUUCGUCAGCAUGUCUUAAUGACUUAAGGUGACGAAAAUAAAGUAGAGUAGCAUCCUAAACCCUGACGCAUAACAAUAUGGUGUGUUAUAACGCAACGUGUUAAAACUGAAAAAUGCAAUUUUUUACCAAUGCUAUUGCAACCACACCUCGUAAUCUUUUCUACUCGUUCCGACAGAGCAAUAAAAAUCGAAUCUCUUCGAACUUCGAAAAACUUCAUGCGCGAAGUAUUUGCACGUAAUGACGGUCAAGACAUAAAUAAAUCAAGACAUAUGCCGAUUUCCUUAAUGUCCAGAAACGUUAUUACGGUUGUAGAAAUAUCUUGUUUAUUUAAUUUAUAAGAUCAAUUGAUCGAAAUGACGAUGUUCGGUGACAGAAUCGUUGAAAGCGACGGCGUUAUUGUUGAACUAUUUUUAUCCACCUAUGCACUCAUGGUACAGCAUAGCACUGUAUAUUUAGAGCAUACAUGCAUAUUUCUGCGUCGAAAAUAGAUCGAAUAAUUUUCCGUAACGAAUUAAACGACGUAUCAGUUUCUCGUAACGAUCGAUGCUUGAUGGUGGUUUACUUAAGAACAAAAAUAAGCUACAUCCUUUCUUACAUAUUCAUCGUGAUGAUUACGAAAACGACGUUUAUUUCUAGCGUAACGAUUUAGCCAUCUUAUUUAUGGUGCACAUUUCAAAAUUCAGAUACUUAAUGUAAAUGGAAGAUAUAUAUAUAUAUAUAUAUAUAUAUAUAUAUAUAUAUUUAUGGCGACAAUGUAGAAUCUUCUGUGAGAAAUACUUAUUUAAAAGAAAAAAAGACGAUAUUAAUCGAAGUACCUUGUUUCCAAUAAGUGUACGGACUUUUCUUAAGCCUCCUCGUUGGCUAUUUUACAUGUGUAUAAGCACGAUCUCCUUAUUUUCCUCUGUUUCAGAUGACUGAACAAAAUUCUUGUUGUAAAUGCAGCAUAAACGUAGCAGAACGAACGUUUCUUUUUUUGUCCCUUUUUUACUCACGUAAGCUUCUACUUUCAUAGUCUUUAAUACUCUAUGUAGCAUACGAUGAUACCUAUAUGUAGCGUGACACUAAACGUGGAUAUUUUAUCGUUCGAUCCUCGAUUUUGAAUACACUUGCGUAAGCGACAUAUGGAAUUUAGGUAAUGAGUGUAAAGAAUGCUGGGGAGGAGAACUAAAUUAUUAUAAUUAUUGUAUCGUACUUAAUAGAGACAAUUAUCAACAACA